AUGGCACAGGAUGGGAUCUGGUGGCUCCUCUUUCCCUUCUGUGCACUCUCCAGUGCCAGCUACCGGGGCCGGGAGUUCCUGGCCGUGUUCCCACAGAAUGACGACGAGUCCCCCAGCGCGUACCUGCAGCUGCUGCUCACCUCCUAUGGCCCUACCGACACCCAGGUGUCAGUGAUGCUCCGCGGUGGCUCCGUCACCCGCAACGUCACCCUGGGGCCGGACCUCACUGUGCCCCUGUCCCUCCCUGCUGACCUGGAACUCACUGGAAGCCGCACUUCCCAUAAAACCUUGGUGGUCCAGGCCAGCGCUGAUAUCUCCGUGGUGGCCGUCAGCACCAAGAGCUACACCGUGGGUGCCACCGCCCUCCUGCCCGUGGAGAGCCUGGGCACCAGGUACUACGUGGUGACACCUGUUGGGAACUACACUUACGGCCUGACUGAGUUCGUGGUGGCCGCUGGCGCCGCCACCACCGCUGUCAGCAUAACCACCACCGCCACUUUCCACUAUGCUGGGGCCACCUACGUCCCCGGCGCUGUGCUCUGCCUGUUCCUGCAGCCCUACCACAGCUUGCAGCUCCAGAGCAGCCAGGACUUCACUGGCACAGCCGUGGUGGCCGACAGCCCUGUGGCUGUCCUCAGUGGCCACACCUGUGUCAAGGUGUCUGCUGGCUUUGACUUUGUGGUGGAGCAGCUCCUCCCGAUAACAGCGUGGGGGAGGAACUACGUGGUGCCACCCAACCCACUGCAGACAGACAUUGACUUUGUGUACGUGGUGACAGAUGAGGACAACACCAUCACCUACAACACCGGGAGCAGGAAUGCCACUGUGGUCAUGGCGGCAGGGGAGGUGCAGAGGUUCGUGGUGAACCCUAACUCACACCUGUACAUCAGUGCGGUGGUGGCAGUACAGGUAGUGUUUUUCUUCAGUGGGUCGUCUUGGCAAGAUCCCUUCCUCCUUGUUGUCCCACCUGUCACCGCCCACUGCACUGCAUUCCGCUUCAGCAGCGUGCCCGGCCAGUAUAACCAUGCCAUCCUUGUUGCACCCACCACUGCUGCUGCCAACACCACCCUCAACCAUCGGCCCGACAACACCAUGGCAUGGCAGGCCAUUCCUGGCACAGAUUUCUCCUGGGCCAUCAUCACCAUGCACGCAACAACACAGAGUGUUGAGAACUUGCAGGUGUCCAUCGGGCUCCUGGUGUUUGGGUUCCAGGGUCAAACUGGAUAUGGCUUCCCUGGGCUCUGUGCCACCAGUGAGUACAGUCAGUCCAUUGUGAACAACCACCGCUCGCGCCUCCCCAUCUCCCUCUCCCAUGGGAAGCUCCGCAUCCAUCAGAAGGGUAAAUCCAUGCUGAUCCAAUCAAGUUUCAACCUGAAGGUCCUCUACAACUGGGAUGAUCAUGUGGUGGUCAAACUUCCGGCUGCUCUUUCUGGAAAAGUCUGUGGGAUGUGUGGGAACAACAGUGGAGACCCCCAAGAUGACGCUCUCACUCCUGAUGGGAAACAGGUGUGGGAUAUUGUGGAGCUGGGGCAGAGCUGGAAGGUGACCAGUGAGAGUGGCCACUGCCAGGACACCUGCGUUGGGGACUGUGGGCGGUGCAGAUGGCAGCAGGUGCUGGUAUACAAGGCAGAGACCUGGUGUGGGAUGCUGUCCCAACACUCUGGGCCAUUCCGGUCAUGUCAUGGCACUGUCAGUCCCAAUAUCUAUGUGAAGAACUGUAUCUACGACCUGUGUGCCAAUGAAGAGCGUCUCGAUGCACUGUGCCACGCCCUCCAGAUCUAUGCUGAUGACUACCAGGAGGAGGGGAUCAGCAUUUCCGACUGGAGGACAGCAGCGGGAUGUCCUCUCACUUGCCCACCCAACAGCACCUACAGCACCUGUGGCCUCGCCUGCCCCCCCACCUGCAACAUUCCCGCUGUGUCGUCCAGCUGUGCCACCGCCACCACCUGCACGGACACCUGUGUGUGCCACGAGGGCCUUGUCCUUGAAGCCAACACCUGCGUCCCCCCCUCUGAAAGUGGCUGCAUCUUUCAGGGUCUCUUCCAUGGCCUUGGUGAGGAAUUUUGGGGUGACCUCACCUGCACCCAGCGCUGCGUGUGUGACACGGAGCAGCGGCAGGCGGUGUGCCGGGAUUCUGGUUGCGGCACCGAGGAGGAAUGCCGGGUGGAGAAGGGAAUCCAGGAUUGUUAUCCCAAAAUUUUUGGGGUCUGCACCGCUGUUGGAGCCACCCACUACGAGACCUUUGAUGGCAGGAGGUUCAUCUUCCAGGGAACAUGUGUCUACCUGUUGGUUGGAUUGUGUGAGGACAGCCAAAAUUUGGUAGGAUUCCAGGUGUUGGUGCAGAAUGGCCACCAGAGUGACAACCUCAUGUCGUCCAUCGCCGUGGUGACAGUCAAAGUCUACAACAAAACCAUCAGCAUCAGCAGGGAACACCCUGGAAAAAUCAUGAUUGAUGAGCAGUUGGUCAACCUCCCGUAUCACUACAGUGAAAGGAAGAUUGUUGUCUAUCGUGAUGGGCAGGAUGCGGUGGUAGAGACCAAUUUUGGCCUCGUUGUCACCUACGACUGGUACAGCCACGUCACCGCCAUGGUGCUCAGUGGCUUUGCCAAUGCUCUGUGUGGGCUCUGCGGGAACUACAACGGUGCUGCCAGCGACGACAUGAUGAUGAGGAACAACCAGGUGACAUCAGACCCAGAUGCCUUCGGGAGCAGCUGGAAGGUCACAGACGUCCCAGGAUGUGGUGAGAGGUCAACAGUGGAAUGUUCCAGCACUGUCGCACUUUCCCGGCUGCAGCAGGAAGUAUCUGGGAUGGGGUGUGAAAUUAUUUUGGAAGCAGAUGGACCCUUUGGAGCAUGUCAUGGUCAUGUUGAUGCCCACCAGUACUUCCAGAGCUGCAUGCAUGACUCCUGCCUCUUCCCUGAUCAGGAAGAAGGGAUGUGUCCAAUCAUUGCCCGCUACGCCACCGCAUGCCAGGCUGCUGGUGUGUCCAUCAGAAGGUGGAGGACGGAUAAUUUCUGCUAUAUUCCCUGUCCUUCCAACAGCUCCUACGAGCUCUGCUCCCACACCUGCCAGCACACCUGCGGUACUGACUCCACCACAUGCCCACGGCGGUGCCGCGAGGGCUGCGUGUGUCAGGACGGCUUCAUGCUCAGUGGCGAUGAGUGCGUCCCCAUGUCCCACUGUGGCUGCAGCCACCACGGAGCCUACUACAAAGAGGGGGAGACAUUCUACCCCACAGAGCAGGAGAUGUGCCAGUGCCUCUCCGGUGGCACUGUGCAGUGCCAAAAUACUUCCUGUCCUAAUGGUGGCCCUGGGAAGGUCAUUGAUGGUGUCUUCCAGUGUCCCUCUCAGGUGCCUAGCACCUGCGUGGCCACAGGUGACUGCACCUAUAUCACCUUUGAUGGGAUGGUCUUCAACAUCACUGGUACCUGCUCCUAUGUCCUCACCCAGACCUGCACAGGUGACAACUUGACAUCAUUUAUUGUCACAAUUCAGAAGGAGGCACGGCAGAAGGGGAAGGUCUCCAGGAUCCAAGCGUUGUCUGUGGAAAUCUAUGGGGUCAUCUUGACCUUGAAACAAGGAAAAGGGGCAGAUGUCAUGGUGGAUUCCAUCUCCCACCACCUCCCCACCAUCCUGAGUGAGGGACAGGUCCAGGUCUACCCACAUGGGACAGGUGUCCUGCUCUGCACUGACUUUGGCCUCGUUGUCCACUAUGACCUCGUCCAGCACGUGAUGAUCACGGUGCCCCAGAUCUACAUGGGGCACUUGCGUGGCCUCUGUGGCAACUACAAUGGCCAGCGCAGUGAUGAUUUCCAGCUCUCCAGUGGCCAGCUGGCUCCAGAUGCGACAGCCUUUGGAUCCGCAUGGAAAACAAUGGACACACCUUGCAAUGACACCUGUCCCAAGGAUGAGUGUCCCACCUGCACAGAGGAAAAAGUGGCAAUCCUCCAAAAACCCAACUACUGUGGCCUCCUCACGGCCCCCGAAGGUCCCUUUGGCUCUUGCCAUCGCAUCAUUGACCCAAUCCCGUAUUCCCAAUCCUGCAUCCAUGACCUCUGUAUGACUGGAGGGGACAUGCAUGUCCUGUGCCAGAGUAUCCAGAGCUAUGUCACCACGUGCCAAGAUGCUGGAGUCACCGUGGGGGGUUGGAGGACGCCAUCCUUCUGCCCCCUCACCUGCCCGGCCAACAGCACCUACUCCCUUUGCACCAACACCUGCGCCAACACCUGUGCCGGAAAUGCCACCACCUGUCCCCAGACCUGUGCAGAGGGCUGCCAGUGCCACCAGGGCUCCGUCUUUGAUGGACAGGGAUGUGUUCCCGAGGAGCACUGUGGAUGCUUUAGGGAUGGGGAAUACUAUAAGCCCCAUGAGAUGCUUUUCUGGGAUCGCUGCCAGCACCACUGCACCUGUGUCCCUGGUCAGGGCCUUACCUGCCAUGACCAUGCUUGCACUGAGGACGAAUCCUGCGAAAUCCGGGAAGGCAUCUUGGGAUGCAUCAAUAAAAACCCCUGCAAGUCCCUGCGCUGCCGCCCCAAGGAGCGCUGUCGGCCCCGCGGUGCCCAAUCCCAGUGCAUCCCGGCUCUGGUCGCCACGUGCUGGGCUUGGGGUGACCCACACUUCCGCACCUUCGAUGGCCUUGACUUCGACUUCCAAGGAACCUGCACCUACACCAUGGCCGAAUCCCAUGGGAAUGACCCUGGGCUGGUGCCCUUCAGGGUCGAGGCCAAGAAUGACAUCCGUGGUGGAAUCCAAUCUGUGUCCUAUGUUUCCUUGGUCAAUGUUGAUGUCUAUGGACAACGCAUCUCCUUCCGCCGGAAUGAAGAUGGAAAAGUCCGGGUGAACGGGGAGGUGACGCUGCUCCCGGUGCUCCUGGCAGACGGGAAGCUGAGGGUCCGUCCCAGUGGGCUUCGUGUUGCUCUGGAGACAGAUUUUGGUCUCCGGGUCUCCUAUGACUGGAACUGGCACCUCCUGAUCGACCUCCCCAGCAGCUACUUCCGCCAUGUCCGUGGCCUCUGUGGGAAUUUCAAUCUCAAGCCCCUCGACGACAUCCCCGAGGCUGGUGACAACAUCACCGCCAUUGUGACAUGGGCCAAAAGCUGGAAAAGUGCUGACUCUGAGGCUGACGACCCGAUUUGUUGGGAUUAUUGCGAUGGAACGUGCCCAGUGUGUGAUGAGGAGAAGAAGGAACUUUAUGGUGGGAACCACUAUUGUGGGAUCUUAAAAAAAUCCUUCCAGGGGCCCUUCAGAGCAUGUCACAACAUAGUGAAGCCUCACGACUUUUAUUGUAACUGCCUGUCUGACCUGUGCCUGAGCAAUGGGGCGAGGUCAAUCCUCUGCCAGGUGCUGGAGACGUACGCGGCAACAUGUCAGAAGCAUGGGGCCAUGGUCCAUGACUGGAGGACACCAUUGGGAUGCCGUAAGGGCUGGGGUUUUCUUUGGGAAGGGAAGGAACCAGAGUGGGGGAGGAUGGGUACGAAGUGGGAUCCAGCCUUCAAAUCUCUCAGAUGGUCCUUGGAAGUUCUCCAGAACUUUCUUCUGGUGCUCCAGACCCUUCUUGUGUCCCAGACUCCAUCCCAUCUUUCCAAGACUCUAUGCCACAUUUUCCAGAUCCUUCCCACAUGUUCCAGGCCUUUAUCCUUGUGUCCCAGACCCCAUCCCGCACGGCCCAGACCCUUGCCACAUGGCUCAGACCUUAUCCCACUUGUCCCAGUCUCUUCCCACAUUUCCCAGACCUUCCUCCUUGCAUUCCAGACCCUUCUUGUUUUCCAGACCCUUCCCCAUGUUUGAGAUGCUUUCCCAGCCCCAGGCUGCUGUGUCGAAUGCUGUCUACUCCCCUAAUCCCUCCCUCACCCCACUUUCCUCCCCCUGCAGCCUUACCUUGCCCUGAAAACAGCCACUAUGAGUCCUGUGGCAACGC